AUGAGAACGAGUCCUUUCCACAAACUUAUCUUAUUGGCAAUUCUUCUUGUGCCAUUCUUGCUUGUCGGCAAUGCCGAUUCGCCUCCUACAGUAACUGUUAAUAUAACAAAUUCUUUACCUUCAAAUGAGGCGCUUAAACUUCAUUGUCGUUCAAAGGAACAUGAUUAUGGUGUAAAAGUGCUUGAAAAUGAAAAGUCUUAUGCUCUUAAGUUUGAUCCCUCCUCUGUCAAAACAACCACAGUCUCCUGCGACUUUGUUUGGGAUGAGAUCAUCCAUGGCUACCCUAUGUAUGAUUCAAGAAGAGAUACAUGCAAACAAUGCAAUUGGAUCGUAAGACACCGUGAGGCGUAUGAGGGCAUUGUUCCAUGUAUGCAAAAAGAUAAUACAGCCGCUGAGCCUCAUUGUUUUUACUGGGAAAUUUGA